AUGAUAUUUUUUGUUUGGUCGCUUGUUUUAUCAGCUGUGCAGUACGCACGUCGUCAACGCCUAAUGUCUGUUUUGGCUGAAUAUUUCAUUACGAAUUGCUCUCGCACAACAGUAUUGAUAUGCCGUAGAAUUCCAUUUUUGUCAUGUUUCUCAAGAUAUACUAGUAGCACUGAACGGUUCGCCGGUGCCAUCGACAACGCACUGAGGAAGACAAACAGUGAACCAUGCCUUCCGGCAUCGCAUGUUUUAACACCGAUUUACCGCACGGAAGAAGUGGAAUUUGUUGUUGUGCCGAACGUAGCACAACUGGAUAUUAUCGAUUGGAAUGUGUUUAGUCCACCAACACUUGGUUCCAUUCCGCGCGUAUAUUUUGUUGCAUUUUUGGGUACCAUAACAGAAAGCUGUGAACAAAUAACCGAUGAAAUAAUAUGUACGGACACUGCUACCGCGACUUCCAGUGAAUUCUCCACAACCAGUGAUUAUGAUUUCUCGAGUGGAUUUAUGCCCGUUUUGUUCAUUUGA